CAUGCGACUAAAGUCGAACAAACAAAGCCACUCCUUCAAGGUUUCACGCUUUAUUGUUUAGUUAUCAGUUUCUCUCUUCUACUUGUACUUCAAUCAUGCCACCAAAAGCAGCACCCGGACAGCCUCGUGGAGGCGGUGUAGGCGGUGUAGGCGGCGGCGGCGGCGGCGGCGGCAGAGGUGGUCGUGGCGGUGGUCGCGGCGGCCCUCGCGGUGGACCACCUCCUCGCGGCGGCCCAGCUGGGGGAAGAACAGUUCAUGCUCCCACUGGUCCCGCCGCUCUGCCUGGAAGCCAUGUUCAGGCCGUGGGGGUAAAACGACCUGGAUAUGGAACGGCAGGCAGAGCAGUGACCGUAUUCUCCAACUUCUUCAAGAUAAGUCUCCCAGAAAGCGUUAUCCAUCACUACGACGGUUGUGAUCUCGCCUGAUGAGAAGGUACUUCCAGCACGCUUAAACAUGGACUUGAUCCAUCACCUUCAAACUAUCGAUGCCGUCGAUGUCUUUACACCCCGGGCCGUCUACGAUGGGCGAAAGAACCUCUUCGCCCCCAGGGAACUGCCUUUCGGUCCACAGAACAGCCAAGAGUUUGAUGUAUGCCUCUCCGAUGACCCCAAUCGCGGAAGC